AUGAGCAUCAUUCGGAUCGAAGACAUUGCGCACGUCCGCUUUGCUGCGCCUGAUUUGCAGCAAAUGCAGGAUUUUCUCAGCGAUUUCGGUCUUGCAUCGCAGUUUGCUGACGAUGGCCGCCUGUAUGCGCGGGCAGCAGAUGGUUUGCCUUAUCACCACGUUACCGAACAGGGUGAUCCCGCAUUCAAAGGGCUGGGAUUGCGCGCCGAGAAUAUCGACGACCUUGAGCUGUUGGCAGCAGCGGAAGGUGUGCUGGUAGAAAAUCUUAAUGAGCCUGGUGGAGGUAAAGUCGUACGGCUGAAGGAUCCCGAUGGCGUGGAAGUUGAAGUUGUUACGGGCCAAACGCGCCUGCAGCCGACUGCACUUACGCCAGAUCCGCUGCGCAACACAACAAUGUCCCGCUCGCGAGAACGAUCAAGUGUGCGCUUGCAGGCGGGACCGUCGCAUGUCAAACGGCUAGGUCAUUGCGUACUCAACGUCUCUGAUUUUCGCCGCUCCGAACGCUGGUACAAAGAGCGCUUCGGAUUCAUUACGUCUGACGAAAUAGAAGCAAAGGCGGGGGUUGCCCUUGGCGCUUUCAUGCGCUGUGAUCGAGGCGAUGUGUUAACUGAUCACCACACUCUGUUUCUGGCACAACUGCCACAAAAGCCCGGCUUCAUGCAUGCAGCUUUUGAGGUUGCCAAUAUGGACGACCUCAUGCUCGGUCAUGAUCAUCUGCAGAACUCCAAUCGCUCGGCUUCCUGGGGAGUGGGCCGACAUAUUCUUGGCAGCCAGAUCUUCGACUACUGGCUUGAUCCCUGGGGUCACGAACUUGAACACUGGACCGACGGAGAUCUGUUUACCGCUGCAGAUGGUUCUAAUAAAUCACCAUUCACAGAUCUGCUGGCUGAUAAAACGUCUGUUCAGUGGCCGCUCAAAGCCCGCGGAUCCGUCCUGAUGGCUAACAGGACAACAAACGACUGUGAUGUGCUGAUCUGCGGUGCUGGACCGACUGGGGUCACGCUUGGAAUCUUACUGGCUCGCCAGGGUGUCUCGGUGAUCAUUGUAGAGAAAGAGGCGGAUAUUUAUCCGCUGCCCCGCGCAGCGCACCUUGAUCAUGAAGCCAUUCGUAUUCUGCAGGCAGCGGGGGUGGCGGAACUCGUUAUGGCCACCUGCCGGCAGGCCAAUCGUUAUGAUUUUCUCAACGCUGCUGGCGAUGUCCUGCUGCGAUUCGAAUCCGAAAGCCGAUUGGCACCAGGUGGUUGGCCGCCAAGCAAUUUCAUUCAUCAGCCUUCGAUAGAAGCCAUACUGCGGCGUGAACUGGCGGAUACUCCAGGUGUGGUGAUUCGGCCUCGCUGGGAAAUGGUUGAGGCUCGAAACAGCGGCAGUCGCGUUACGGCAACCUGUCAGUCACCGGAUGGGCCGCAAAACAUGACCGCGCGGUAUGUUGUUGGCGCUGACGGCGCACGUAGCCCGCUCAGGGAAAGUCUUGGGAUUGAGUUUGAAGACCUGAAUUUUGAUGAACCCUGGCUUGUAGUUGAUGCCGUUGUGCAGGAUUUUGCGCGGCUGCCGAAGAUUAAUCUGCAGAUUUGUAAUCCUGAACGACCGACAACGUGUGUGCUUAUGGGCGAAGGCCGGCAUCGCUGGGAGUUCAUGAUCAAGCCAGGCGAAACGUCUGAGCAGGUGUCCGAUGAUGGAUUCAUUGAAAAACUCCUCGAACCCUGGGGCGUCAAGGGAGCCAUAAGUAUCGAGCGCAAAGCGGUUUACCGCUUCAAUGCUAGGGUUGCAAAAGCCUGGCGCAAAGGGCGUUUCCUGCUCGCCGGCGAUGCAGCCCAUCAGACGCCGCCGUUUGCCGGGCAGGGUAUGUGUGCGGGCUUGCGGGACGUGGACAAUCUGAGUUGGAAACUCGCCAGCGUGAUCCACGGUAAUGUUGAUGCGGACAUCCUGGAUACUUAUCAGGAAGAGAGAAGCCCUCAUGUGCGCACGUCCAUCAACCUUGCCAUGAUGAUGGGGCAGACAGUCUGCAUUACAGAUCCUGCAGCAGCGGCAUUGCGAGACAAGCAGAUGAUUGCAGCUCGCGCAGCAGGAACCAGCCAGGAUGGUACAGUGCCGGCGCCGCUGUUCAGUACUGGACUGAUUCUUUCAGGCGCCCCUGGCGCAGGCGGGUACUUCCCCCAGCCAUACAACGUAGAGAACCCGUCAGAGAAGCUGGAUGAUGUACUUGGCCGAGGGCCGUGGCUUGUGAGCCGCGAGAAGAUUGACGCGUCAUUAGAUACCAAUGGCCUGCGUGUUGCAGUUCUAUCGGAUCCUGAUCUUGCGCCUUACGCUGCCGUGCUUGAGACGUGGCUUUCUGAACAUGACUCAAACGCAGUGCUGGUGCGGCCAGAUCACUAUGUGUAUGGCGCUGGGGAUGCCAGGGCCCUGGUUGAAGCUUUUCAACAGGUCAUUCGACCUGCCUCCGCUUCGGCGAAACGUUAG